AUGGCUGUGCAGUGCAAGGUGCAGGGUGUUAGCAUCCGUGGUGACACGGCAGACGACUUGCAGCUUGCAGCAUACGGGCUCCAUCAGUGCAGCAGUGGUCUCAGAGCCAUGUCCAGUCGCCUUCUUGUGUCAGCCGUGCUGGCUUGCGCGGCCUUCACUGCCACGCGGUUCGUCGCCUUCGUGACUGCCCCGGCCACCCCCAGCCCUCCGCUCCGUCGCCACAGUGCCGUGGCGCUGGCAGCCCGAGGCGGCGGCGAGUUCGACAUCAGUGAUGCGGACAUCCAGACUUUCUACCAGUCACUGUUGACGGGAAAUGGCGGUGACCCGCCUAAGGGCACCGUGCUCUCCGAGCUGGUUGUGAAGUUCUUCCACGGCGAGUUUACGCCUCAGGGCUUCAAGCGCUACUCCGGCCUGUGGAAGGGCCCACCCCCGGGCAACAUUGGCAAGAAGGACAUUGCCGUGGGAGUGCAGGGCUUGAUCGCACAGAUGAAGAACCCCAUGUUCGUGACCAAGGGAGGCGUCGGCUACGGCGUCGACGAGACCCAGAAGGUCGAGGACGAUGGCAAGGGCUGGGUCUGGCUUGCUGCGGAAAUGAGCCCCGGAGGUCUGGCUCUGGAGCUUUUCAAGUCCGUCCCGUAUGGCAAGCGCGCCCUUCUCGUGGCGCAGCAGAGCAACGUGGACGAGCUCUUCAGCAAGGUGAACUGGGACGUCGCCCUUGGAAACAUCGAGAAGACCUUCGGAGGGCCGCAGAUCAAGCAGCGCUGA